AUGGUUCAGCUCCGAUACGACGGAAAGGUGGCCAUUGUGACUGGAGCUGGUGGAGGUCUCGGAAAGACCUAUGCUCUCGAAUUGGCAAAGAGAGGGUGCAAAGUUGUUGUGAAUGAUUUGGGCGGUGAUCGACAUGGAACCUCGUCUUCGACAUCGAUGGCCGAUAAGGUAGUGCAAGAGAUCAAGGCAGCCGGUGGACAAGCCGUCGCCAACUAUGACUCGGUGGAGUUCGGAGAGAAAAUUGUGAAGACGGCGAUUGAUGCUUUUGGGAGAAUUGAUAUCGUCAUCAACAAUGCCGGCAUUCUCAGAGAUGUUUCGUUGUUGAAGAUGAAAGAUGUUGAUUGGGAUCUGAUCUUCCAAGUGCACGUGAAAGGCGCCUUCUCGGUGACCCGAGCCGCCUGGCCUUACAUGAGAGAUCAAAAGUACGGUCGUAUCAUUGUCACCUCCUCAAAUGCGGCUAUUUAUGGAAACUUUGGGCAGACAAACUAUUCGGCUGCGAAAUCAGCUUUAAUCGGUUUUGCGAACUCGUUGGCGAAAGAGGGAGAGAAGUACAAUAUCAAGGCGAACACGCUUGUGCCGACCGCUGGAUCGAGACUGACACAGACUGUGAUGCCCGAGGACCUUGUCAACGCGUUGAAGCCCGAGUACGUGACUCCGCUCACUCUCUACAUGGCACACGAGUCAUUCCCAGAGACCGGCAAAGUGUAUGAAGCUGGAGCUGGGUGGUAUGGACAAUUGUUGUACUAUCGAUCAAAUGGAAAAGUUGUCACUAAUGCCUCCGUUGAAGAUGUGGCCAACAAUUGGACGGCGAUCAGCGACAUGAAGAAUGCGCACAGUCUUUCGUACAUGAAAGAUGCCACCGCUCAUCUCAUGGACGCUCUCGCUGCUCAAGAGGAAGCGAAUGAGAAGGCCAACGCAUCGGGAGGAGCCUCAACCGGCACCUCAGUUGGCGGUGAUUUCCCAGCUAGCAUCCGCUCAUCGGCUUUGUUCAAAGAAAUGGCUGAAGGAGUGCGAAAAGAGCCGGAACUUGUCAAAAAUGUUAAAGCGAUCAUUCUCUACUCGAUCACCGAUGGGAAAAAUGAGAUCGGGAAAUUCACUCUUGACUUCAAAUCAAGCCCACCAUCAGUCUACUUUGGUGAUGUGAAGAAUGGUGAGAAAGCAACGACAACGGUUACAGUUUCGGAUAACGAUUUCUGUGAGAUUGGCGCCGGAACCUUGCAGCCACAAAAGGCAUUUAUGUCGGGAAAGCUGAAGGUGAAAGGAAAUGUGAUGCUUCUUCAAAAACUCCAAGGACUCACCGAAGCUCGCAAGAAGUCAAAAAUG